AGUUUUAGGUAUGUGUGGAAAGAAUAAGUCAAUAUUACAGAUGUAUAUGUAGGUAAGUGUUGGUGUUGUCAAAUAUUUCUGUUCCAUACAUUAGAGUAAUAUUUGUCUUAGCACUCUUUAAUAGUUGCUAAAUACUUUUUGAUUUUAUAGUAACCGCAGAAGAUGCAGAACAUCAAUCAUUCAUGUCAAAAACUUCUUAAUGUGUGAGGUUUGAUAGCAAUCCCACUAGGUUUUCAAAGAAUUGACCAAAGAAUGAACAGAACUAAUGAUUUAGGUUUUGAGUUAUGCUCCAGGUGCUAGGGAAGUUCAGCAAGAUGGGGGGAAAAAAGUACUGUGCUAUUGUUCAUAUAGGUAAAUGAAAUAGGCUUCUUUGACAUCGAUCAUGAAGGAAUAUAUUGAGCAGCUGCAUGAUGUUGCAUAUAAGAUGUAACUGAUGUAGAAUUAAAGGAUGGUGCUAUGAUCCAUGCCACUCAAUGAGGCUUUAUCUAGAUAUGUACUGCCCAAUUUAUCUCAAAUUGUAUUCAGCUGACACUAACUGUCAUAAAUACAUGCAAAUCUCUUCCACAUUUGACUUCUGUAUGAUGCUGAUUACCGUAGCAAUGUUAUGGGCCUGAUGCAAUACAUAAAAUGGAUUUCAGUUGCACUCACCUAAAAUCAGUGCCAGAUCCUAUCAGGAAAAAAUGUUGAUCUGUGGUUUUGGUUGUGGGUUUGUGGUGUUUUUUUUUAGUUUGUUUGUUUUUCUUGUUUGUUUGUUUUUCUGGAGGGGGGUGGGGGUGGUGAUUAUGUAUCUGUUCUUGACAUGAUGCUGCUCAAAUCUUUCUUAGUUUAGAAGACAGCGAGCAUUCUAGGGAAGUGCUACAACUACUGAAGUAAUUUGUGUAGAUGAAGAGAGACUCUUCUAGAAUCCAGCUUUGAUCAUGUGCUGGCUACAGUCAUUUGAGCAACACACAUUUUAGCAUGGCUCAGUGGAAAGUCACAGCUAGGAGCUAUGAAUAUAGGUCAGUCAGGAUAGGAGACUGUAUUUUGGAAAGCAUUGACUCAGAAAAUGAUUUGGAGCUCUGAUGUAUUACCAGUUGAGCAUGAAAUUGCAGUACAAUGCAGUGGCUCAUGGAAUAAAUUCUCUCUUUGGGUAGCUUAACGGGGUCAUGUUAUUACUGCUAUAUAGCAUUAGAGGGACAAUUACAGGAAUAUUAUGUCCUGUUCUGGGGACUGUUUUUAAAAACAACACUGCCAAGCUGGAAAGACAGUAAGACAGCCAGAGAAUGGCUAUAGGUCUGUCUAGCAUAACUGACUGAAACUAAAAAAACAAGGUAAAUUGUGUGAUAAGUGUUUACAUUUGUCUGUUGUACAAGAUGUUUGAAAGAAGACUCUUUAAGAGAUCACUCGAUUUAGUAGCUGAAAACAAAGUUAGACAGUUUUUUUAGGCAAAUAGUUGUGUGUGGGUUGCGUGGUUUGUUUUUUUUUUUAAGCUGAGGGCAUAGGAAUGACUUACUUGGGGAUAUGUCGGGUUUUUCUGACAUGUUGUCUUGAAAGUCUUGAUGCUCUUUCAGAUGAGAUGUCUAGUUCAGCCAAAAGUUAUGAACUUGGUGAAAUUUCAUGGGCCGCAUUAUAGAAAAGAAUGAGCUAAAGAAUCGUGGGGGAUCACUUUGAGAGAUGCAGCUAGUGAGUGAGCAGCGGAGGAGAGAAAGCAGGGAAGAGUGACUGUGGUGAAGUGUUGAGUCAGUCCCUUGACCACAUGUGACUUGGGGACCUGUUAAUGGGUCCCAUCCUUCCUAAGGGUCCAGGGUCAGCUAGAAACAGUGAGGAGAUGGUACAACACUUAUUUAAGGGAUAGUGGAGCAAAACUGGUUCAGUGGGAAGAGACCAAACUUAGCACAGCUGGGAUCUGUUGUUAUUGUCACUUUGCUUUCAGUUUUACUCUGGAAAACUUUGUUUGCUCACAUGGCUCUUACCCAUUGCUCAUUACCAUUGCUCUCAGCUUUGCACACCUGCUUUUUCUCCUCCCCUUCAUCUUAGCUUGCUCUAGCUCCUGUUGUCACCUUUGCUUUCCUCUCACACUGGUAUGUGUGUGCCAGCUCUCUGUCUAUAAGGCUCUGACUCUUUCUGUUUACAUUGCAUAAAGACAUGUAUCUUGGGCUUGCUUGGAAAGUCAUUUAUUGGAAAAACAACAAUCCUAAGGGCUUUGGAUCAUUCUUUAGAAAUCAGUAUUUAGGAAUUACAUAGGGACUCUAUAUAGAGGUAGCUUCUAUGUUCCUCAAAGUUUUUUUAUAAAGUUUGCCUUCUCUUUUAAAGUCAGAGUUUUUCCAUGAGGGUAUAGCUGAUAGUGAUAUGUGAGGUUAAAUACUCUGAAAACCAGUGGAGGGUUACAUAUGUGUUGUGUGUAUAUGGCAGGACUUGUCGGGGGUGGGAAAUUACAGGGUACAGUCCAGCAAGAUAAGAAGUGCCAGAUGGGCUACAAAUGCUAUUGUACAUGAUGUGGUUAGAGCAAGGCAACUCAACAGUCAAUCUUCAUUUUGUUUUAGAAGGCUUGCUCAGAUAAAUGGCUUUCUUUUUGCCUUAUUUUAUGUAAUAGUUGUAAGGGUGCACCAUAUAAAUAUAAUGACACCAAAGUUAGUGUUUCUAACAAACUUUAGUUUCAGUGACAAGCUUUACUCUGUCUUACUCCUCACAGUUUACCUUUCUGGGGCCUUCACCAAAGUCUGAUACAUAGGGGAGCUUGGUAUUUGUGCUUUAAGAAGCAAACAGCCCUUCUCAGUUUUAGAUAGAGAUAUCAGAACUCUCUAACAAAUAGAAUAAAUACAAAGUUUCUCUGCUGUUACUGAUGUUUGCUACAAAUAAAAUUUGCUUGUUUCUUGAUUGUGCCUGUAAGUAGGUUUAGUUCUAAAUGCCAAGGGCUUGGAGAUGGAUGAUUCCUACCAGCAGCCUGGAGGCUGCCACUUACAGUCAGGUUCCAGCACAAGGCAGCUGGACCUCUCUCUGCCUUGGUAGUCCUGUGUAUACAGAGCUGCCCAUCUCACUGCAGCCUGAGCUGUUCCCUGCUUCCCAGAGAUCAGGUUCACUCCUCCUAACAGGCUUGUCAGAGUGGUUGAUCAAUGCUUUCUAUUUUAUUUUUAAUUAAACUGUCUUGUUUGUCUGAAUUUGCUAAAUGUGAUAUACAGGGUGUUUCAAGAAGAUGGACCCAACAUGUUAAAAUUACACAAAAAUUUACAAAUGGUUUAAUGAGUUAUCAAGUUUUAUUAGCAUUUUUAUAAAUGCUCUAAGUUCCCUCCUCCUGCUGUAUGGACUGUAGGAGUUUCAUUCAUGAGAUAUAGUGAUUUUGAAUUGGGUCCAUCUUUUUGAAACACCCUGCACAUUUCAAGAAAGCGAAAUGAACAAUGUGGUGUUUGGUGUAGAAAAUUUUGAAAGUUUUGUCUUUUAUUAAAAUGUGUUGACUGCUUUUGGACAUGCUUAUGGUCUAGGUACUUUUGUGAUUUAGCCUGUUGGUUUGAAGUUGUAUGAAUAGUAAUCGCCUGCUUCCUGAAUCUGUUCUUCUGAAAUGAACUUGGCUUUAUGCCUUAGUGCAAAACCAUCAAGAGGAGACACUCAAAACCUCUAUUCUCUUUGUAGCUUGUUGAAAACAUCUUUUAGCAUUCCACAUAUAGGUUUGUCUCUGGCCUAUGGGUUUUAUUCCCAGUGGCUUGCACUGCUUUGGUAUCUAGUCAUCCUGUAUAGCACAACAGAACUUAUCAGCAGUGGGCUACUUCAUUUUUCAUUGCAAAAUAAGUUAAAUGAGUGGAGAUAUAUUUUUUUUUUUAGAUUAAAUUAAAAAAUUAACCUGACACUAAUAACUGAUUAAUGUUGGAAGCAAUUAUUUGGUUUUUCUACAUAAGUAUCUUUGCAAUGCAUUCUUUCCCUGAUAGGAUUAUUUUUAAAAAGUCUUAAGCUCAUGAAAUGUGUAGGCUGUACAAGUGAAGCAUCUGGAAAAAGUUGAAUGUUAAGCUUGUAUUGUUCUCAGAAGGAAGAAUAGUUCUCUUGAAAUGCAAAAUAUAUUUUUAGCUUCAUUGCCUAUACUGUUAGUUUGCUGGCUCAGUGAGUGUCUUACUAUUAAAUAGGAGAAAAGCAGAACUUCUCAUGGCUUUCGUGUUUGUUCUGAAAUUUUGGUCAGGAAGCCUUUUUUGCAGGUAUCCUGCCAUCUUGUAGUUAGCUGAAAUCUUCGGCUGAGAGUUGAUUUGCUACCUCUUGCCCUAGGUGUAUGUCUUGCUGUUACAGCUUUUCUCUUUUUUUCCCAGGCUGUGGAGCGUUUCUCCUAUACUUCUCUAGGUCUCAGAAUCACUGCUGCAGGGUGGGUGAUUUACAGGAAGAACCACGUGUCAGGCAUGUAGUUAGAGCCCACUGUACACAGUGAAAUUCAGUGUCAAGUCUGGGAUUCCACUACUAAUGCAUUAUAGGAACAGCGAAACUUCAAACAGUAGAGAAAAAUAUCCCACCAGUGCAAUGUGUAAAUUCUUUCUUCAAGUUGCUACUCACUUACUUUAGUGUCUCUUCCACCUCCUGCGACACCAUUUCAGAAGCAAUAUCUAAUAUGAUAACUGAAGCAUUGUCACUUAUAUAAGUUGGCAUAGCUGUUGUUAUAGUUAAAAAGCUUCUAGGUAGUGUGUUUUGCAUUCCUGCAGGUUCCUGUCAUUGCAUUUAGAAGUGGCAAUGACCUGAAAAGCUUGACUAGUAUUCCAGGCUUUGUAAAAACUCUGAAAUGCUGUUGCUUCAGUUGUACAUUAAUGAUGUCAUCUAUAUAACACAGCUUUGUGGCAGUUUGUGAAAGAUAAGGUGAAUUGCUUGUGUGGAGUCAGCUUCAAGACUCUGGGGUACUGUAUACCCAUUGCCAAAGAAAUGGUAUUUUUUUGCCAAAGAAAUGUAUACUCAGGUUAUAAAUGAGACUUUUGUGUUGUUGAGUUUUGUAGCGGUUCUACACUUUCUCAGCGUGAAACAAAACAGCCGUUCUAGCUUGAGCUUGUUUUGUUAAUGUACAAAUUGCAGAUAGGUUUUCUAAACUUAAUUUUUUAAGAAAAAAAAAAACACCUGUGUUCCCACCACCUCUAUUGUCCAUUCUUGGCUCAGGCUGAUGAGAUAGUGAUGCUGCCAACUGGGAGGGCUGCUGGGAGACUUGCUGAUUUUUGCCUGGUAGUUCUGCAUAAUUCAGCUUUUCUGUUGUUUCUGUGGCAAAUGAGGGUCACUGCUGCACGAGGAGUGUCAGGACAUAUAUGUAGCCUGUACUACUGUAUUACUGAUCUUUAAUGUAAUCUCUGUAGUGGUAAAUUCAUACCUACUGGAUUUUCUGGUCAAACUGAAAUUAGGGGGUUGGCAAAACUAGUUCCCAGUACAGAUUUCAAGCACAGCCCUGAUGUGUAGUAAAGGAGUGCUUACAUUUUCCUGGAGUUACUGGAUAUUGCUCUUAACACUAAUUGUAGAAACACUUAAGGUACUGCAGGAUUUGGAUAUAUCACUGGAUAUUCUAGUGGAAACUGGCAUAGGCAAAACAGUGAACAGUUUUAGGAAACAUGCCACUGCUGGAAAUGUAGCUAAAACCCUGGUAAAACAAUGGAAAAAACUUAUUUCUCCAGAAAAUAAAAGUGGUCAAAGAGGAAGAAAACAAAAUACUGAAGAAGACAGGACAAAAUCUUCUGUUUCCAAGGAGACUAAGCCUUCAGAUGAGUCUAAAGCAACUGUACUGGCUUCCAGAAGUUCCAAUAGCGCUCCCAUUUCUAAAAAGUUGAAUAAGCACCAUACUUGUAGUGAAAAGACCAAGCAAAGUAGAGAUUCUGAGUCUCAAAAAGAAGGUGAUAAUGAAGAAUGUAGCAGGAGUGGUUCUAAGCAUGCUUCUCAGGGUACCAGUCCCCAAGCUAAAGAAGGUGACUUCAAAGACAGAACAUCCAUAGGCAGCAAGAAAGUUUCAGAGAAGCAGCAUUCCUCUGUAGCCAAGAAGGACUCACAACCCUUGAAGGAAAGGCCUAGUAAGGAUGCUUCCAGACAGAGAAAUCCUGAGCAUGGGAAGAAACCAAACGAAAAACUUGUCAUAAAAAGCAAAGCCAAAUUAUCUAGUGAUGAGGAAUUUGAGCCCCCUACUAUGUCAUUUGAAUAUUAUCUUAAUUAUGAUCAGGUUACCAAAAACAGGAAGAGGAAGGCUUGUUCUACUGGUGAACAGCCAAAGAGCAGCAGUGAACAGAUGAAGAGCUCAUUACCACAGAAGACUUCAAAAUUUUCUCUUGCAAAAGAGGGAGAGGAAGAUUUAAGAAGUGAGGGUGAUCAAUCAGAAACUCCCAGUAAAAAGACCAAGGUGGCAUCCCUCCAAGACCUUCUUAAUACUCCACUGCCUAAAUUUCUGACAGGUGUCUCGAUCUCAUCUCCCCCAUAUGCUGCAGACUUUAAAGCUUCUGUAGCACCUGUGGUAGAAGCACCCCAACAAGUCAGUGAGAUGGUUCAAUUCACUGGACGAAGACUGAACUCUAAAAUGCAGGUUUACUCCGGCUCUAAAACAGUCUGUCUUUCAAAGAUGCUUACACUGUAUGAACAGUGCAUCCGUGUGCUUCAAAACAAUAUUGAUUCACUACAUGAAGUAGGAGGUGUGCCCUUUGAAAUUCUUGAGCCUGUACUAACACGUUGCAAACCAGAGCAAUUGUUUCGAAUAGAGGAAUGUAAUCCGACGUUUGUAGAAGAAUCUGACCACUUGUGGAAGAAACACUGCCAGAGAGAUUUUAAAAAUGAGAGCCUCCUGGAAUAUGAGUCUUGGCGUGAAAUGUACUUGAGACUGUUAAAUCAGAGAGAAGAAAAACUGAAGAUGCUUACAAAAAAUAUUAUUUCAGCUCAGUCUGAGAAACCAAAAGGCAGACAAGUAAAAAUGGCUUACAUGACCAGUGCAGCAAAACCACCCAGGAACAUUCGCCGACAGCAAGAAAUCCACGGCACAGCAGGACCUGUCUCCCAACUUCAUCCCAUAGAGAAGUGCAGAAGAUCAAGGAUUCCAGAAAGUGGAGACAGAAAUAACACAUCAUCAAAUCCAAUCUGUGCUAGCAACAGUAGUAGCUCUAGCUCAAGCAUAGUGACUCAAGAUGGAAAGAAGCCUAUCAAAAAAAUUGCACCAAUCAUGAAGAAAACUUUGAAAGCAUUGAAGAGUAGAGUUGGACGACGAUAAAAUGAGGCUGCAUAUUUGAAGCUUGUGUGACUUUAUAUAUCAUGCUACAGCUAAUGAAAGUUAUGUUCAUGUAAAGUUCUUCAAUUUGACUCAGUUAAAAUAGUUAUGAAACACUGUAUGUGCAAAAGAUUUGCAAUAAAAAUUGAAACAGA